AAAACACUUGUCUCAAUCCGUUAGCAUUCAUUCUAAGGAGGGUUGAGCGUUUUGUUGCAGAGUUAUCAAGUCGUGGCCCUGUGUUUACAGUAGCUACCAUGAAGCAAUAGGCUAAACACACCCACGGUUUCUAUGGUAAAGAGGAUUCCUAAACGGAGGAGAGAUGACUGAUAUGAACAUGUACAUGGUUCCCAAUCCUGGCAUGCCAGGAUGUCCACCUGGACUGGAAUAUCUGACACAGCUCGACCAGGUAUUGAUCAAGCAGAAAGUCGAGCUCAUAGAAGCUUUGGUGGGUUUUGAAAGCAACAACAAGUACGAGAUCAAUAACUCCCUGGGUCAGAACGUCUUCUAUGCUGUGGAGGAAAAUGACUGCCUGAGUCGGCAGUGUUGUGGGCCUCUGCGUUCCUUUGUCAUCCGAGUGCUGGACAACUACGGGCAAGAGAUCAUCACCGUGUCCAGGCCCCUCAAGUGUAUGUCUUGCUUCUUCCCUUGCUGUCUGCAGGAGCUGGAGGUGCAGGCUCCGCCGGGGAACACGGUAGGCUACGUGCUCCAGCAGUGGCAUCCUUUCAUUCCCAAGUUUAUCAUCCAGAACGAACACCGGCAGCCCGUCCUCAAACUGAAGGGGCCUUUCUGUGGAUGGAGCUGCUUGCCUGAUGUGGACUUUGAGAUCCUUACCAUGGACGAGACCAACCAGAUCGGCAAGAUCAGCAAACAGUGGACAGGCUUCCUGCGAGAGGCGUUCACGGACACGGAUAACUUUGGCAUCCAGUUCCCCAUGGACCUGGACGUCAGGAUGAAGGCCGUCAUGAUCGGAGCUUGCUUCCUUAUCGACUUCAUGUUCUUCGAGACAACUAAUAACUGAUACAUCAUGGCUGAGACGCCACAUCGUGUUUGGAUGGAAGGCAGCCAUAAGGAGUGUGAACAGAUGUCAGCCCUCCUGUGGUCAGCAGCGAUGGAGGGGAAGAUCCUGAUUGAAGCUCCAGCUCCAGGUGUCCAAGAUGGUGUGCAGAUCUGGGGAGGUGGUGCAUGCGAAUGUCAUGUGUAACUGUGCGGUCAGUGGUAGAGAGCCGUAUUUAGUGAGGGGGGAUGAUGGAGGGUCUAUUAGGGUACUGGGCACAGUGUGUCACCUUGGUUAUAGUCCUGUGAAGCAGAAUGCUAAAAAAUGCUAGAAUGCUAUGAAAUGUUACUUUUGAAUGUGCUGUCAAUAGCCCACUGUGUGUGACUCUGCGAAACAGCAUCAACCGUUUUGAUGCUUGAACACGUUGCAUGUAGCCUUGCAGAUAACAAACAUUUGGUACUAACAACAACUGAACAAGAGUCUCAAAGAGAACAAAUAAAUGGUCAAACAUCUUCUGCUAAACUCUAAGAACACACAAAGAAUGGCCGAGCAGCAUGCCUGUAAUAGCUUGGUAUUUGAUUACAGACGUCACAUGUAGUGGAAUAGUGUUUUUAAUACUUUGUCAUUAAGUAGUUAUUUUUGUACUUAUGUUGUGUUCUCUCUAAUAUAUCAAUGUUUAUUUCUCAGUGGGACUUUUGACAAGUUUUUUGCUCACACGGCACUAAGAUUUUUUACGGGUUGUGGCAUAGAAGCCAUCACAGUCUCAUACCUUUGGCAUCAUUGUUCAAUACCAUUUGAUCAGGCAGCAAUAUGUAUUCAUUAAUAUAUAUUUAUUUCAAAUCAUAAAUAGUUUUUUAACAUCAGCAUUGCUAUUACUCAUGGGGCAUACCCCGCUUUUUAAAAUCUCUGAUGGUGAUAUGCUAUGCCUAAAUUAAUUUUCUCUCCAUUUAAUAUGGGGACUUCCUUUAUAUGUACUGCUUCCUUAAAGUGAUCAAUUCAUGUAUUCAUCACAUAUGUAUGGUGCGUAACUACAGCCCAAAGUAUGUAAAACUAAUACAUUUUAGAAAUGUAGGAUAUCUACGUAUAUAUUUAUAUUUUGACUCAGGAAAGCUUGACUGUAACAGUUGUGUUGUAGGUACAUACAAUGAAUGUUGUUGAAAAGUGCACUGUGUUAAUGGGUUCUUAUUAAAAUGGCCAUAUAUUUUCCA